UGGUCUUUGCGGGCGUAGUUUAGCGAGGUACGGGCCUUGUGCGCUGGUAUAUCAAUGUCAGGCCUGGCUCCUCUUUGCUCACUACGGUAACAGGGGACUUGCUGGACAUGUCGAUUUACACAGACCAGGCUCGUAUCGGUGAGAUGACAGGGCUGGUGGCGAAAUUCACCUCCGACUUCCCCGAAUGCCCCUUGCAGUUUCGGCAGAUACCAUCUCGAGUACCGGGCUCCAUCGUUCUUGUCACCGGUACAACCGGGUCGCUUGGAUGCCACCUCCUGGAAACCCUCGUACACUCGCCUUUGAUCGGGCGAGUAUACGCGCUCAACAGACCAGACCGUAAAGGGCGACCAUUGCGAGACAGGCAGGUGGAAGCACUCCGGGAGCGCGGCAUCGUAGAGAGCGUAGUCGACGCGGAGAAGGUCAUCCUCCUUGAGGGUGAACUGAUGAAUCCACAUUGGGGACUCACCGAGGAUUUGUACAACGAGGUGCGUGCAUUUCUCGACAAUGACAUCCUCCACAGCAUGGCGCGUCGACUUGUCUCUCCGCUAUCUGCCUUCGAGCCCAACAUCUCCGGUCUGCGCACGUUAAUCGACUUCUGCCUGACGUCGACAGUCUCGACCAUGCCUCGACUUGUCUUCACAAGUAGCCUGACAGAUGCUACGAAGGCUCCACAUGGCCAGCAGGUCCUUGAGGACCCAAUACCCCCUGAGUGGUCCGUCGGGAUGGGCUAUUCCGAAGCCAAAUGGGUCUGCGAGGAGAUCCUGUUUGCCGCAUGUCGAUCGACACCGCUGGACGCCCUUGUAGUCCGCGUCGGUCAAAUUACGGGAGGGAAGGCAGGCGCUUGGGCGACCACGGACUGGUUCUCGUGCAUGGUGCAAAGCGCGAGCAAAGACGGUGUAGGCUGCUUCCCAGACGACCCAAGGUUGAUGGACUGGUUCCCCUUUGAGCUCGCAUCAUCUGCGCUUCUCGACUUCCUCCACACUCCCCCUGCAUACCUCUCCAACGUUGCUCCUUCGCGCGUCGUACAUCUCGUCCACCCGCACCCAGUGACGUGGAGCGACAUCGCGGCGGAGGUCGUGCGCGCGGUCGGCGGGCGGCUUGUGCCCUUCGACGACUGGCUUCGCGCGAUAGAAGCUGCAGCUAUUCUGGCGAAGUCGCAGCCGCCGUCCACCAACGGGAGCAAGAAGCCCCGCCGCAUGCGUGCGAUCUCUCUGAUUCCGUUCUUCCGUACGCUGCAUAUUAACAUGCGCGACGGCGCGCGGGCGAUGGGGUUCCCGGCGUGGGACGGCCCGCGUGGCGUCGCUGCGUCCCCCACACUGUCGGAUCCCGACGUCGCGCAGUUGGGAGCGGAGGAUGUGCGACGGUGGGUGAGCUACUGGAAGAAAGUCGGAUUCAUCCGCGAGGACGAGCACGAGAGUCCGGUACAGGCACGGCUGUAACCUGUAGGGAAGGUGUCGCAAGUGAGGCCAGAUCACAUUUUCGUUGCGAUACUUAGCAAUCUGUAAUCCUGUAUUGUUCAUGGAUGGUGUAGAUCAGUUCGCUCUCCACUGACGAGAGCAACAAUACUUGUUCGAUACAGGAGAUUCGGCACGAGCAGCUGCGCAACGCUGAAGCAGAAGCCCGCAUCAGGAAGUGACCUCAACUGAUCUACGGCCGUGAAGUCGAUCCUCUGCACGCGACUAGAGCGACACCUCAGC